AUGUUCGAUCAGAUUCAUCAUGACGAUCAUUUAUAUGUACCAUCGAACUAUUGCUUUACAACAACUGAAAAGAAAAAUAUUCGUCGAGCAAUAAUCGUUUAUUUUCCAGUUGAACGUUCAACAGUUUAUAUAUCAGAAUUAAAAUGGUUAUAUCUUUCAUGGAUUGAAACAAUUCAAAAGCAACCUUUCGACUGGCAAACUGAUUUGCUCAUAUACUCUUUACCUUCAUUAUUACUAGAUGAAUUGGGUUGCUUUGAGAAUAAUAAUAAUAAAUUAUCAAAAAAUAAUUGUUUUAGAAUCAAUUACAAUUCGUUAUGGGUUACGACAAAACAUAGUAACGAAUUAUUAAGAUUAAUUCAAAUUCAUGUACCAACAUGGUGUCGUCAUCUUGAUUCACUAGGAAUUAUAUUUGAAAAUUCAGAUUUUCUAAAUCAAUAUGAUUAUGUUUUGCGAACAGAUUUAGAUGUUUUUCUGACACCAAAAUUUGCUCAUUAUAUUCCAUUUGAUUGUUCAUUUCAAAUAGGUCUCGGUGGUUACAGUCUCGAUUAUACAUUAAAUAAACUUUCUCGUAUAGCUAAAACAUUGAAUCUAUUAAAUGCUAAUUUAACACAUGUUGGAUCAACAUGGUAUGGACCACCAAAACAAAUUAUUUUAGUCGCACGUUUAGCACUUUGGUUAAGUGUAUGGUUAAGUCAAAAUGAAUUUAAUCUAGUUGAAAAAGAUCAUAGAUUAUCAAUAUUAUCAUGGCCACAAUGGUAUAUUGGAGUUAUUUCAAUGUAUGCCAGCCAUUUAGCAAUAAAUCAUUUUGCUAGACUCGGACGAAUCAAAUUAAUACAAAAACCAUAUUUGAUUGAUUAUAGUUGUACAACAAAUGUGUCAUUUCAUGAGAUAGAAAUUAUACAUAUUCAUGCUUGGCAUACGAGUCAAAUGUUUUCAAAGUUCUUUUUUAAAAAUGGUUCAUAUGAUGGAAUACUGAGUAUGAAAACUCAAUGGAAUACAAAUUAUUCAUUGGAUUUUAUACUUCGAAUAGCAUGGCAAUCAAAGAAAAUGACAACAAAAGAGUUGUACCAACUUAAAUCGCAUGUAUAA